AUGCGCACAGCUGCACUCCUCUGGCUUGCACCUGCGACACUAGCCAGCGCCAUUCCCGCAUUUGAAGACGCUUCUCCGGCCGUGCCAUUUGACAAGAGACAGAAUGUCUUGCCGAACGUUCUCGGAGGAAAGAUCCUCCAGGCUGAUGUGUAUGCUGGGAUUGCUGGCAUCAACCAGCAGAUCUACCAGGCUACACAAAAGGGCGACCAGUUCAAGAAGUGUAACCCCUUGAACAUUGUUGUUCGUAAGGAGUGGGCCACCUUCACCGGCUCAGAGAAGAGCAGCUAUGUCAAGGCUGUUCAAUGCAUGACCAAGCUGCCUCCAAAGACACCCAAGUCUGAUUGCCCUGGGUGUCAGAACCGCUAUGAUGAUUUCGUUGCUACCCAUAUCAAGCAGACAUUCGCCAUCCACAACACUGGAAACUUCCUUGCGUGGCACCGCUAUUUCACCUGGGCAUACGAGCAGACGCUGCGAAAUGAGUGUGGCUACAAGGGCUUCCAGCCAUACUACAAUUGGGCACGAUGGGCCGACGAUCCCAUGAAGAGCCCUACUUUUGACGGCUCUGCUACGUCGCUGGGCGGCAACGGUGUUCUUGGAUGCACCAACCAGACCUUUUAUGGCAUCCCCACCAAUGCAGAGCCUAAAAUCAAGAUCCCCAAAGGCAAGGGUGGAGGUUGCGUGACCUCUGGCCCUUUCAAGGACUGGUCCGUCAACCUUGGGCCCGUCUUCACCGACUCGCUCUGCACGCCUCCUAACCCCAUUUCGGACUUCAUGGACCCUAACGUGGGCCUUGGACACAACCCCCGCUGUCUGAAACGAGACAUUUCAUCUUGGACAUCCAGCCAAUGGACCAACGAUGAGAUGGUGGUCAAGCUGCUUAACAGCCCGGACAUGAAGACUUUCUGGUCUCAGAUGCAGGGCGGCGACCCGGCUUUCGACAACAACUUUAUGGGUGUGCACACAGCCGGCCACUUCACUGUGGGCGGCGACCCCGGCUCCGACUUUUUCACGUCUCCUGGCGACCCAUAUUUCUUCUUCCACCACGGCCAGAUUGAUCGUGUUUGGUGGACGUGGCAAAACAUGAACCCCUCAGAGCGCACCAGCGCUAUCUACGGAACUACUGUGAUUUCGGACCCCACUGCGCCUGCGUCCAAGCUCACCGACAAGAUGACGCUUGGCUACGCUUAUCCCCAGGACAUCACCAUUGGUGACGCCAUGAGCACCAUGGGCGGACCAUUCUGUUACACAUACAUUUAG